AGAAUCGCGCCGCGCGUGCGCGGUGAAACGUUAGAGAUAGAAGGCAUAGGCGGUGUAGUACGAGACCCAGAUUCGUAUGCGUUACGGGUCGCAAUACGGGGUUUUUGUAGCCGACAUAUGGAAAUGAUGGAGACGUACACAGUUUGCGAUGUAGGUUUAGGAGCGCAGGGCGUACCGCGAGACUUAGUGGAUAAGUGCGAUCAUUUAUCUAAAAUCGCGGACGAAUUAAGUUACCCUCCCGCAGUACCUACUAUCGUGAUAGGUCAAGAUAACUGGCAUCUCAUCGUUACUCGGCAAAUUAUAGACGGUCCGCCUAACCUUCCGGUCGCGAGUUUAACCAGGCUAGGAUGGGUUUUACACGGUCCCGACCGUACACGUCGCGCCGCGGUACAGUUUGUAGGGCACGCACGGCCUAAUACCGCGGAGGACGAAGCCUUACAGCUUAUGAAACGGCAUUUUGACAUAGAAUCAUUAGGCGUUUCACAGAAGUUACCUCGGGCCGAUCCCGAUCAACGCGCGCUAGAUUUAUUAAAAGCCACCUGCGAAAAGAUACCGGGGGAGAAUAGGUAUCGAUCGGGCUUACUGUGGCGAUCAGAUGACGAGAAACUCCCCGAUAACCGAGCGCAAGCAUUGAAACGGCUGCACAGUCUAGAACGAAAGCUAGACCACGAUGCGAAUCUUAAAGCCGAAUAUGCGAAGCAUAUGAACAAUUUGCUUGACAAAGGUUACGCGGAGAAAAUGGACUCGCCGCCGCCCCCCGAUGCACCCCGGACGUGGUAUCUAGCGCAUUUCCCAACUUUUCACCCGCAACGCGGCAAAAUGCGAUUAGUUUGGGACGCGGCCGCCACAGCUCACGGACGCUCGCUGAAUAGCGCGCUGUUGGCUGGCCCCGACCUGUUAGAGUCACUUUUUGGCGUAUUAGUGCGCUUCCGCGAAGGCAAAAUCGCGGUGAUAGCCGACGUCAAAGAGAUGUUUUUACAGAUCGAAAUAAUAGAGCAAGAUCGCGAUGCGUUACGUUUCGUUUGGCGGGGGGAGGACCGCACCUCUCCACCGCAAGAAUAUAGGAUGAAGCGGCUUAUAUUUGGAUCGGCAGCGUCGCCGACAACCGCGUUAUACGUCAAAAACGAAAACGCAAAAACGCAUAGUAAAGAAUAUCCGAUCGCAGCUGAAAAAACGAUAAAGAAUACGUACAUGGACGACAUGUUGAUCGCCCUCGACACGUCCGAAGAGGACGCUAGACGCGUAGUAAACGAUGUUUACGAGCUUAAUAUGCGCGCGUCAUUCGAACUUCGCGGGUUCGCAUCGAACCAUCCUGCGGUAAUUGCUGACGUAGUUAAUAGCAAAGAGGAAACGUCUCUGUUAGGCGCGAACGAGAGCGAACGUACCUUAGGUUUGAAAUGGAAUCACAAGCGUGACACCUUAGGUUUCAACGUAAACUUUCGAAAUACGCCCGAAGACGUCAUUAACGGUCAAAAGUUACCCACAAAACGGCAGGUCACAAGUAGCGCGAUGUCGAUAUUCGAUCCGAUCGGUUACGUAAGUCCCAUAUCAGUGUUAGGGAAGGCCUUAAUGCAAGAGGUAUGGAGAACGGGAAUCGAUUGGGACUCGCCUAUACCCGUCUCGCUCGCACCCGCGUGGCGAUCAUUCAUAGAUAAUUUCACACGAUUAGUUCGCGCCACCGCUAGUGUUCUGGUUGCCGCCGAGGCAUUUAAGGCCUUAUCGCUACCUAAGAAAACAGAGAUUAAUAAGGGGCAUUUAGGUUUAGCAGAGAUAUUGCUAAUACGACGGAGUCAACAUACCGCCUUUCCAGAGGAAAUUAAGCUGCUGGAAACUGGGCGGCCACUUCCGAAGAAAUCUCCGCUACACAAAAUAGCUGUACAACUUGACAAAAACGGAAUCGUCGUACUAAACGCUAGAAUCGACAAAGACAUGCACAUACCUGUCUUGCAUGCGAAAGAAGAUUUCGUCAAGUUACUAGUACACCAUUUUCAUGCUCUCUUCCAUCACGGCAACCACGCAACCGUCAUCAACGAGUUGAAACAAAGGUACUACAUUAUCGGGCUGCGCGGUAGCAUUCGCUAUAUAGUGAAUAAGUGCCAAUGGUGCAGGACCUACAAGGGAUCAACACUCAAGGUUCCCGUAGGUGACCUACCGCCAGAAAGGCUCGAAGCGAAUCAACCGCCGUUUACCGCUGCAGCCGUAGACCUGUUUGGCCCUAUGCAUAUAACUAUAGGCCGCCGCCGCGAGAAAAGAUGGGGCGUAUUAUAUACAUGCCUCACGACGCGCGCUGUACAUCUGGAGCUUGCCGCCUCACUUUCGGCAUCCUCCAUGAUACUGUCGCUACGCCGAAUGAUAGCGCGACGCGGCACGCCUACAGUUCUCUAUUCCGACAACGCCACCAACUUCUGCGGCGCGGAACGAGAACUAGCAGAGGCCAUAAAGACGCUGCCCGACAUUCUCAAGCCCUUUUUGACCGAGCGAGCCAUAAAAUGGAAGAAAAUUCCACCCGGCAACCCCUCCGCUGGCGGUGCCUGGGAACGGCUCGUGGGCAGCGUAAAAACCGCACUAAAAGUAGUUCUGAAAGAAAGAGCACCCCACGAAGAAGUUCUACAUACGUUAUUGUUAGAAUCAGAGCACAUAGUAAAUUCUAGACCGCUGACACCAGUGAAUCCAGACUUAGACAUCGAAGCCCUGACGCCGAAUCACUUUCUUAUCGGUCGAUCGAGCUCCAUGUCGCCACUGGGCGUCUUCACAGACGCAACUAUGUCACUCUCUUCGUGGAGAACAGCGCAAACGCUAGCCGACCAUUUUUGGAGGCGCUGGCAGCGGGAAUACCGACCCAGCCUCCUCCCCCGGCCUGGUGCUCAUCAGAACGUGAAAAAACUGCAUGAAGGCGACGUAGUCAUCGUAGCGGAUAGCUCCAUGCCACGAGGAACGUGGCCCAGAGGCGUAAUCGUCCAGCUCUUUUCCGGCCCGGAUGGUCAUGUAAGAGUGGCCAUUGUUCGCACCCGCGCAGGUGACGUCCGCCGCCCAGUUUCCCGGCUUAUACCCAUCCACUCCUCACAUGAAGACGGUGUUGGCACACGUGGGGGAGACUGUCGUGAAUAG